AAGUUAACAAGAUAUAACCUAAAAACCUUAGAAAAUUAUUUACUAAAUUACAAUAAAUUAAUAAACCAGCUCUAACCUGCUAAAAUUAAAAUCUUACCUCGUCUGGAUCAAGUUCACUCCAACUCCGCCCAACAUGUCGACCAUCGAUGGAAAUACGGUCCUUGCAAGAUCCUUAAAAGAACAAGGAAUCGAAUAUGUUUUUGGUAUCGUCGGAUUCCCCGUAAUCGAAUUUGGAAUGGCAUGCCAAACUGAGGGCUUAAACUACAUCGGAAUGCGAAACGAACAAGCUGCUUGUUACGCAGCUCAAGCAAUUGGUUAUUUAACUGGAAAACCCGGUGUAUGUCUCGUUGUUUCCGGGCCAGGACUUCUCCAUACGUAUGGUGGGAUGGCAAACGCCCAAAUUAAUUGUUGGCCUUUAUUGGUAAUCGGAGGUUCAGCUCCGCAAGAUCACGAAGGAAUCGGAGGAUUUCAAGAGUGUAAUCAAGUUGAAUUAUCACGCCCUUAUUGUAAAUACUCAGCUCGCCCACCGAGUGUUGGUUUAAUCCCAAUGCAUGUUGAAAAAGCGAUUCGAUACACAAUGUAUGGCCGACCCGGAGUUGCUUACAUUGAUUUACCCGGAAAUAUGCUAAGUUUACAAGUUGAGGAGGAAAAGAUUCCACGUCAAUACCUCGUUGGGGAUGUUCCAAUAAUCCACCCCCAACCAAGUUUGAUUAAAAAAGCUGUUGACGUCUUAAUCCAAGCAAAACGCCCCUUAAUCAUCACCGGAAAAGGAGCUGCAUAUGCUAACGCUAACAUCGAAUGCACUUCACUUGUAAAUUACACAAAUUUACCAUUUUUACCAUCCCCAAUGGGUAAAGGGGUAGUCCCUGAUGUCCAUAAAAACAGCGUUGCAUCCGCUAGAUCAACAGCUUUACAAAAAGCGGACGUUGUUUUGUUAUUAGGAGCAAGAUUAAAUUGGAUCUUGCAUUUUGGUCGCCCACCAAGGUUCGACCCAAACGUAAAAGUCAUCCAAAUCGAUAUUUGCGCCGAAGAACUCAACAACAGUGUCAAAUCGGAAGUUGCAAUCCAAGCCGAUUUAAAACCGAGCGUUUUGAUGCUUUUAGAAGAGGUACAAAAAAGGAGGUUUGUUUUCGAUGGAAAAUCUGACUGGUGGACACUUUUAAACGAGAAAUGCGAAGCGAAUCGAAAAGCUGUGCAAUCAAUGAUUGAUAUCAUUGAACCCCCAUUGAAUUAUUACACCGUUUUUCACCACUUACAAGAAGCCAUUCCAGAUAACAGUAUUAUUGUUAGUGAAGGAGCGAAUACUAUGGAUAUUGGGAGGAGUAUUUUAUUAAAUAACCUUCCAAGACAUCGAUUAGAUGCGGGUACUUUUGGGACUAUGGGGGUUGGUUUAGGUUUCGCAAUCGCAGCAGCUUUAUAUUGCCGCGAUUACGCCCCCAAGAAACGCGUAAUUUGCGUCGAAGGCGACUCGGCUUUCGGUUUUUCCGGGAUGGAAAUCGAAACUAUGUUCCGGCACAAACUCCCGAUCGUUUUGGUUAUCGUUAAUAACUCCGGAAUUUACAACGGAGUCCCCAAAGAUGUUUACAGCGAAAUUCGCGAAAUGGAUAAACCAUCGAGGAGCGUCCCACCAACCAUUUUAACAACCGUAACUCGAUACGAAACGAUGAUGAAUAUGUUUGAAAAGAAGGGACACUUAGUCACUACGAUUCCAGAACUUAAACAAGCUGUUAAAGAUAGUCUUGCGGUUCAAGAUGGGCCUAGUAUGAUUAAUGUUAUUAUUAAUCCUUCAGCUGAUAGGAAACCGCAAGCUUUUAAUUGGUUAACUGAGUCGAAAUUGUAAAGGAAUUGUGUAUAAAUUCUCAAAUUAGGUUAUGAUGGUUAAAGUGGGGUUAUGUUGUAACAUUUUGUUGUGUCAAAUGGGUUGCCUAUCCACAAAUUUUUUUAAAAAUUAUUAUUAAAUAAUAACUUUAUAAUUAUAUUUUAAAAGAUUUAAUAAAUAGGGAUUU